AUGGUUCAACAAGACUGGCCAUUCGAUAUUGUCUUGCACAUAUUUUCUUACCUUAGUCUAGCUGAUUUAUGUCGAUUGCUCCGACAGCAUCAUUUCAAUUUCUAUUGUACUCACACACUCAUGCGCCGUAUCAAAGCCCAACAAUGGUCCCUCGACCUCUAUUCUUCGCCAAACUACUUUGCAGCCCUUUGCAAUGGUGAUCUUUGGAUGCGCCCCAUGGAACGUCUAUUCUGUGUAGGGUAUGACUCACGAUCGGGUUAUCUGAGAUUCGAACCCAAGCAAUUUCGUGACAGGCAAAGCGCAUGGAUAGUUGUAAAUGCAAAUCAAACUCUAAGAGUGCGCUGUACACAAUGGAUACGCCCUUUAAGCGAAGAUGAUCGGCGAGGUGAGGUACCAGUCAUAUGGACGCAAGGCGAUAAUAUUAAAGAAAAUUCUGGAAUCAGAGUACGGUAUCGAUGUUUGUACACCAGUGAGCCAAAAUACGCUUGUCGUACGUGCGAGCUUUGGAGGUGUCAUCACAGACCUCAGUUAAUGCGUGUAUCCAUCGACAGUAUGUCCGUGACAUUUGAAUGGUUGCAGCAGGGAUUACGGUAG